CUUGAAAGUGAUUAGACGGGAAAUUUCAAAUUUUAAUAUGUGUUUUUAAAAAUUGUGUAAUAAGUGAAAAACAAUUAAGGAAUAAUGGAUUACAGGCUGCAAUCACCAUAUUGUAGUGGCUUUAAAGUUCCUAUUCAGCAGAAAGGGCUGAUUAUGCAACAUUUAAUAGUCCGAAAACUGACAAGAAGGGAACUAGAGGAUAAGUAUCUACGACUAAUUGAUGAGAAUUAUGACCUGAAACGUGAAAAUAAUGUCCAAAAAGAGAAGAUUAAAAUACUUACAACAAAGUUAUUGCGGCUAUCAAAAGAAAACAGUCGUUAUAAGUCCCGAGAGUUCCUGUUUAUGGACGAAAAUAAUGAAAUCCUUGAAGCAGAAGAGUUUUUCAGAGGUCGUAAUAAUCGACCUGCUUCUUCAUCAGCAAUUCCUAGAAAAUCAAUUGACGAAAACUUGAGAAAUUCAACUCCAAAUCUAUCGAAAUUUAAAAGCGAAUUAUCCUUGCAAGAAACCAUGAGUAGAUCCCAUAGCAAUAAUAAAAGUUCCGACGUAAAGAAUGCUGAUUCGAAUAAAACACGGGACAUGCAGGAUGAAAUUGAAAGGCUUACAGAGGAAUUAAACAAGCUUCAAGAGAUAAGUGAAUUGGAAAAGGAAACAAACGCCCAGUAUGAGAUACAAAUAAGCGAAUUAAAGGAUAAAUUAAAUGGGAAGAAAAUGCAAAUGGAACUGGAAACUAGUGUUGAGAUUGCGGAAUUAAAUAGGAAAAUAAAGGAACUUCAAAUUGAAUUGAGGGAAAUGGAAACAAGAUACAAAAAGAAAUUGGAUGAAAAUAUCGCUGAGAACGAAAGAUUAACGGAAACAAUUGAAAAAGAAAGGAACAAAGUCAAGAGAUAUGAGGCACAAUCACACGAUUUGGAAGCAUCUCAGAAGAUGGUUGAGGAACUGAUGGAACAGAUAUCAUCAUUAGAAAAAGAUAAGGCAGAAAUAGCCAUGCAAUAUGAAAAAUAUGCAACAAUUGCUGACGAGGUUGUCAACUACAAAAAAAGCAUGUCUGAAAUGGCUGAUACAUUAAAUUUGCGUGAAAGAGAAUUAGAAAAAGAACGAGAGGAUCGAGCAUCAAUUGAGCAUUCACAGGAAGAGUUAUUGAGAAAAAUGAAGGACUUACAGAAAGAAAAUGACGUUUUGGUUGUUAAGCUGGAAGGCUUAAAAUCUGAAAAUGAUAGCUUAAUCAACAAAAAUAAGAAACUUGAAGAUCGCAUGAAGUAUCUAGAAAGUGAGAAUAUUCAUCAAUUACAGCAGAUUAAUGAGACUCUUAAGCUCCCAACACCAACAAUUCGAGAUCCAGAAAUGAUGCCAAGCUGCUCAGAUGAAGUUUUAAUAAUAUAUGAUAUUGACGAGCAAGUUAUUAGACAGACAUCUCUAGAAAUGAUUUCACCAGAAAAGUCACCAACCUCAACUUUAGAUUCUCGCAGAAAGUCGUCUACAUCAAACCUGACUAUUCCACCAGUUAUUAUAAACGAUGAUAAACGUCCAGCAUCUUCUGAAAAAGAUCUUAAAGUCAUUCCAAAGAUUGUUGAACCAACCACUUCUGAGGCAUCAAAGCAAACUGAAGAGCAUUGCACAAGUACGAUAAAUUCUCAAGAUGUUCAAACAAUUCCACGUGAUUCUCCUGACAAGCAGGCAUUCGCUGAAAUGUUUUCUCAGUCAGUUUCUAAGGAAGACGGAGACGACGAAUUCGACCCAAAGACAUUUUCCAUAGAUCAGCAUAAGGAAAGAAAAACAGCUCAGCAAACCAAAAUAGAAACAUCAAUUGAACGUGCUAAGGACAUACUCUUGAGUGACAUUUUGGGAACCAAUAAAUCCACAAAAUUAUCAAUGAUGAAGCGUGUAAGACUUAGUGUGGAUACUAAAAUGAUAUCACCAAUGUAUACACCUCGAAUCUCAUCACUGUCAAAUAAUUCAGGUCAAGAACAUCUAAAACUUAAUUUAAGUGACUACAAACCAACCCUAAAAGCGACUCAAAAAAAGUCUGACAACGAAUCACUAGAAGAAUACAUCCAUCGCAGCACAUCAUCUAGAAACUCAACAUCAAGUCAAAAAUCAGUUCCUCAGCUUGUUUUAGACCACAUCGAUAAUGAGAAAAUUUGGUUAAAGCACAACACGCAUACGAUUGAAAUUGAGAUAAUUAAAUUAGAACUUUGUGAGAAUUCAGCAUUGCUAGAUGACAAUAAUGCUAACUUCCUAUACGUAGAAUAUUCAUUUAUGAACUACAAAGGCUACCUGCUUGAAACACAAUCACUUCCCAAACCGAAAAAGUCCCGAGAUUCUACAGCGUAUAACAUGAUUAGGAAAUUUGAUAUUAAUGCACAAAACAAAGAUUUUAAACAUUUUAAAGCAAUGGUCGAUAAGAAGACAAAUACACCGAUAAAAUUUUUAAUUGUCAGCGAACCAAUCGAUGCUGAAAAUGAUGAUGAUGAUGGCGGGAAUUGCGACGAAGUUGGAUUUGCAUGCAUAAAGUUGAAUAAAGUGAUUGAGCAAUCAAAGAGCAAUACUGAGAAUAUUGUAGCCGACUGUUUCUCUAUAGCAUAUCCACAUGAACUGAUAGCAUAUUUACAUAUCAAAAUUACAGGCAUUGAUGUCUUAAAGAAACUAUCAAUGCUGAAAUAAAGAAAAAUUGAUAUUUUC